CUUUCUCAAUGAAUGAAGGUACAGAAGGUUCGGUUAGCGUCCCGCUUGAGAUUGGGAAUAAGUGCUUGCAUAACAGUGCCGCCCCCCUGCUACUGAGCACUAUAUAUCAUUGACAACCAGGACAUAGAUGCAGGUAGCAGAAGGAAACCAUCAUCAUCCUAAGAACAUAUUUGCCAUGGCGCCUGUGAAGCUCGAGAACUCAGGAUGCAGUUCGUUGUAGGUCUCUCCAUAGGCCUCUAUUUUGCCGUUGUGGUAGCAACUCCAUCUUAUCCAUCAGAAAAAAACAUGCCUGUUAAAAAUGGGAAGGCCAAGGAUGACACCACCUCGUUCAGAAAGGGACUUGAGACAAUAGCCCCUCUGGUCCGCUCUGUAGAAGAGACCCCUGAGCCCAUCUCCACUAAAGUACAAGGCAGCAUUCCUUCCUGGAUCAAUGGAAACCUGCUCCGCAACGGCCCAGGGAAAUUUGAGUUCGGGAACACACACUUCAAUCACUGGUUUGAUGGGAUGGCCAUGCUGCACCAGUUUAAGAUCGUCAAUGGCCAGGUGACCUACAUGAGUCGCUUUCUGCAAAGCGAUGCCUUCAAGAAGAACACUGAGGGUGACCGCAUUGUGAUGUCCGAGUUUGGUACCCUUGCCAUGCCCGACCCCUGCAAGAACUUCUUCCAACGCUUCCUGUCCCGCUUUGUGAUGAUUGAGCCCACCGACAACGCAAGUGUGAACUUUGUGAAAUACAAAGGAGACUACUAUGUGAGCACAGAGACAAAUUUCAUGCACAAAGUGAACCCAGAGAAUCUGGAAACAUUGGAAAAGGUAGACUGGAGCAAGUUCAUUGCUGUAAAUGGAGCCACUGCCCACCCACACUUUGACCCCGAUGGUACUACCUAUAAUAUGGGCAACUCUUAUGGAAGCAAAGGGGCCUUGUACAACAUCAUCAAAGUCCCUCCUGGGAAGACAGAUGCCAAAGAAACCCUGGAAGGAGCCAAAGUACUCUGCUCUAUUGUGCCUGCAGAUAGAGGCAAUCCCUCCUACUACCACAGCUUUGCCAUGUCCGAGAACUACGUGGUGUUCAUCGAGCAGCCAAUCAAGAUGGACCUGCUGAAGAUAAUCACAUGCAAGCUAAGAGGGAAGGCUCUGAGCGAGGGCAUCUAUUGGGAUCCAAACCUGGAAACUGUCUUCCAUCUCGUCGACAAGCGUACAGGCGAGGUCAGCUCCGUCAAGUACCACACCAAAGCCAUCUCGGUCUUCCACCAGAUCAACGCCUAUGAGGAGGACGGGUUCUUGAUGGUCGACAUGUGCUGCUCAGACGACGGUCAAGCCAUCAACAACUACCUCAUUCAGAACCUACGCAAGUCAGGGGACGCUUUAGAUGAGGUCUACAACACUCUGAGCCGGUCUUACCCUCGCCGCUUCGUUUUUCCUCUUAAUGUGACCAAUGAAACACCAAUAGACCAAAACCUGAACACUCGACCCGACAGCAAGGCAACCUGUGUCAAAGUCAACAAAGAUAAGGUCUUCUGCCAACAUGAGGACCUGCAUGGAGAUGACCUGCAGGAUUAUGGAGGCCUGGAGUUCCCUCAGAUCAACUACGGCAAAUAUAACACAAAACCAUACCGUUUCUUCUAUGGCUGUGGAUUCAGACACCUGGUGGGAGACUCUCUGCUCAAAAUGGACCUGAAGGAAAAGAAAUUCAAGGUGUGGUACCAGAAGGGUUUCUACCCGUCAGAGCCGGUGUUUGUGCCGUCACCUGAUGCCGUGGAGGAGGAUGAUGGUGUCAUCCUGUCUGUGGUUCUUACUCCCUCAGAGGAUAAAGGAACAUUCCUCCUGGUUUUGGAUGCAAAGACGUUCGAAGAGCUGGCCAGAGCUAGCGUGCCUGUCAACAUGGCUUAUGGCUUCCAUGGGAUCUUCAACUCACACACAUAAAGCACUUAUCAAAUAUCAAACACAAAGAAAACCAAUACAGUGUUAAUCCAUAUAACCACUUUAUGCCUGGCAGUACUGCUCUAUAUGCUAAAACUGAAUGUAGUCUUCUGACUCAAAGCUGGUGACUGAUUUUUCUUACCUGGUUUCUGGUUUCCACAUCCAACUGUGUUGGAAUUUAUCAAGAAACUCUCAAAUAUACUCUUUAAAUGUACUCAAGGCUAGCAUUUCAACUAUGCUCCUUCAGUAUGAAAGUGAAGUUUACAUUCCUUCAUGAAGUGCUUAUGACUUCUAAUGCUGUAGCAUCACACCAGUGGAUUCCUGGUUGCAGAAUGUACCAGCUAUCAGGACACCAAUGUGCCUAAUGACCUUUCCUUUUGUACUUGUUUUUUCAUUAAACAAUAUAUUUGAUGUUGGAA